AUUCCCGCAGACCCGCCUGCCCCGGUGCAGUCAUCUGAGAGUGACAGUGUGUGAGAGAGUGAGAGUGAGUGUGUGUGAGAGAGAGCUCCAGCAUUAGGGCCGAACACUGAGGUGUCAGCGCAUCCGGACACAGGACAGCCAUGGCCCUGCUCGAUCUAGCCCUGCAAGGCUUCUCCAUCUUCGGCUUCGGCUUGUUCAUCGUGCUCUGGCUCAUGCACCUCGUGUCCAUCAUCUAUGUCCGUCUGCAUCUCAACAAGAAGACCACAGAAAAGGUGCCGUACAGCAAACUGGCUGGUGUGUCGCUGCUGAAGCCCCUCAAGGGUGUGGACCCCAAUCUCAUAACCAAUCUGGAGACAUUUUUUGAGCUGGACUAUCCCAAGUUUGAAAUUCUGCUGUGCGUUCAAGACCAUGACGAUCCAGCCAUUGAUGUUUGCAAAAAGCUGUUGGGCAAAUAUCCGAAUGUUGACGCCAGGUUAUUCAUAGGGGGUAAGAAAGUUGGCAUCAAUCCAAAAAUAAAUAACCUCAUGCCAGCUUAUGAAGGGGCAAGGUACGAACUCGUCUGGAUCUGUGACAGCGGCAUUCGAGUGAAGCCAGACACUCUCACUGAUAUGGCUAAUCAGAUGACGGAGAAGGUGGGACUGGUUCACGGUCUUCCUUACGUGGCAGACAGACAAGGAUUUGCCGCCACGUUAGAGCAGGUUUAUUUUGGAACCUCACAUCCUCGUUCCUACAUCUCGGCCAAUGUCACGGGAAUCAAGUGUGUCACAGGGAUGUCGUGUCUCAUGAGGAAGGAGAUCCUGGACGAAGCGGGGGGGCUGAUUGCGUUUGCUCAGUACAUCGCUGAAGAUUACUUCAUGGCCAAGGCCAUCGCAGACAGGGGAUGGAAAUUUUCCAUGGCAACGCAGGUAGCCAUGCAGAAUUCUGGCUCGUACUCCAUUGCACAAUUCCAGUCUCGCAUGAUCAGAUGGGCCAAACUGAGAAUCAACAUGCUGCCGGCCACCGUCAUCGAGCCCAUCUCUGAGUGCUUUGUGGCCAGUCUUAUCAUCGGCUGGGCCGCCCACCAUGUGUUUCGCUGGGACAUCAUGGUGUUUUUCCUGUGCCAUUGCCUGGCCUGGUUCAUUUCGGAUUACAUCCAGCUGAGAGGAGUACAGGGCGGCCCUCCAUCCUUCUCCAAGCUGGAUUACGCAGUUGCUUGGUUCAUCAGGGAGUCCAUGACAAUUCAGAUUUUCUUGUCCGCUCUUUGGGACCCCACCAUCAGCUGGAGAGCGGGACGUUACCGAUUGCGUUGCGGAGGGACGGCAGAGGAAAUCCUGGAUGUUUAAACGGCACCAUGUGCCUGGGACUAUGCACUGGUGUGAACAUGGACACAGAACUGAGAAGAUGUGGACGCAGGUGGACAAACGAACUGCAACUUUUUUUUCGUUUUGGGUUUUAUUCCAAGUUCUGAUAGUUUUUAACCUGCGACUUAUAUAGAUUAUUUAUGUCCUUGGUGCUUUUUUUGUUUUCCUGUGCGGUCUCUUGACAAUUGAGACCUCGUUCUAGAUGAGCCAAAAGUUAUGAAGAAGAGAACUUGUGUGGAAACUAUGUCUGGUGAGGAGGCGGCACUUCAGCGGGCAUCAGUAGCCUUGUUUAAAAACCAGUCUAAAUGUAACUCUUUUAUUUUUAAAGGUCCCUGCAACAUGUUUAGUGGUGGUUGAAGAACUCUGUAUUUUGUGACAUAUCCAUUUUAUAAUGAGUUGGAUUUACAGUUUUUAACGAUAAUAGUUGGGUAAAGAGUGACUGAAGCCUGUUAAAAUGGCACUGGCGCAUGAAUGGAUCACUUGCUUAUCACAGUGUUGCUCUCAACAUACAGCACUCUUGCCAUAUUUUAUACAUUUUUGGACUUUUGGAUGUUCGAAACGGAUCCACUCAGGUCCAUUUUAUGUUUACUGGACAGAGCAAUAUCUUCGGUUGAGGUUAUACAUAGGGAAUUGUGGCAUACUGUUGACGACUCUUGUACAGUCUUUGCAUUCUCCCUGCAGUAUUCGAGCACGAGGUUUACUCCUUAACUUGCUAUCUGCAGAUUUAAUCGCAUAUCUUAUGAAAUUUAGUGUCAUUUGAAGAGCAAGCAGUUUUGUUAUAAUUUUGACAUCUUUCAUGCUUUUCUUCAAGGUCUUUAUCUUACCGUGCUUCGUUCUCCGCAGUAGUUGCUCUCGUACCAGGAUCAGGGUUUACUCAAACACAUUUCCUGCCCUGCUGCUGUUUGUUUGAGAAGCUGUCAGUAUUUUCUUGACGUUUGACUGGAUAUAAAUUGUCCAAACAUUUCAUCCAAUGCCAUUUCAGUUAGCCUUUAAACCAAAUUUUCUUGAUGUCAAGAGUUUGAGAAGUUAAAGUAUACUCAUUUUUUUUGAGUUGAAACAAUUUGGCAGGAGUGGAUGUGUGUUCAAUUUUAUAGAAACAUUUGAUGCAUUUCAAAAUAUGACAGUCGCACUCUACUUGUCUCCAUUAACAUAAAUACUCUUACAGUCAAACAGUAUUCACGAAACAAUUGACAUUCUUCUCCAUCUUCCCCCCUUUUUCUUUUUUUUUUACACGAUUGUAUCUUAAGGAACUGCUUGUUUUUUGUUUCGUACUGCCAGCACUUUGUUGUUGAACUGCUCUUUCUGCAUUUUCCUCAUUUCUUGACUCUUGUGGCUAUGCGUUCAUAAAUCAUGCUGCUGAUCGAGAAGAACCCAUGCCAGCACUGGCAGUAUUGUUUAACAGAUAAUCUACUCAUUCACCUGGAACUGUUCAAGCCUUGGUUGUUAUUUUCAAACCAUAAUAAUAAUAAUAUUUGAUUCCGAGAAAAAACCCUGUUGGCUUGAGCCGUGUUCAUGUGUCUUCAUAUUCCAUCAGCUGCCAUUUAGGAAGUACUAAACACUGUUUUAGCCCAGUGCCAACCCUCCAUUGUUUGUGUGUUUGUUCUGUUGUUGGUUUAUUAUUUCUAAUUUGAAUACACCUGAUUUUGUUCUGCUGAACGCUUUGGGCUGACUAUUGGAAAUAAACUGUGUUUUGUGCAUGAGGCCACGGAAUGAAUGCCAUUUGUUCGUAACAUGGCAGUUGAAGUAUUAACAGUUGGGGAUCAAUCAAUUAGCAAUAAUCAUAGGCAUUAUUAGUUUGACUCUAUUCAGGCUGUGAAACGAAAGCAAGCUUCCAAACCCAUUUCUGUGUCCAUUUGUGGUAUAAUAAACAUUUCAGAUUUUGUUGACCGUUACACAUUGAUCAUACCUCAGUGGGCCUCAU